AUGACUAUUAGUGCCAGUGCAUUUAUUAUGGAUUCACAAACCAUGAAAUGCGAAAAGCUACUUGAAGAAAAUUUCUACAAAACAUGCACGUGUUCGGAUGAUAUACUCUAUCUUAGUACCUAUCAUGAAAUUCAACAAGUGUUAGCAUAUUCAUGUUCGGAUCUUCUAUCGGUUAAGUCUGUUUUUACGUGUCAUGAAAAGAAAUGUAUUGAAGGUAUGUCUUAUCAUGAUGGUAAACUUGCUUUAGUUAUUAAUGGUCGAUGUGGAACAAAACCUCAAGUAGAAAUUCUAUCAACCACAACAUACACUUGUUUAUUUUCGAUAACUAUUAAAGACGCACAUGGGCAUAAUGAAUGUCGUAUCUCGUCACUUGGCUCAAGUGGUUGGCUUAUGAAAGAUCCAGGCACGUACAAUAUUCAUCAUAUCACAGAGAACAACAUACUUCGGAUGACCCCAAGGUAUCAUUAUGGUCAUCCAUAUAAUGUAAUUCAAUUUGGAACAGAUUAUUUAGUGGUCUUGACAGCCACCAGUUAUAAUAUACACAGAUUAAAAUAUGUACCAAUCAAUGAGUUGACACCGUCGGAAGUAUGGAAUGACUCUUGUCGUGUGUCAUAA